AGAGUUGAAAAGGAGAGUUGGACCCAAAGGAGAGUUGGACCCAAAGGAGAGUUGGACCCAAAGGAGAGUUGGACCCAAAGGAGAGUUGAACCCAAAGGAGAGUUGGACCCAAAGGAGAGUUGGACCCAAAGGAGAGUUGGACAAGCUUUAAUAAAACAUAAUUUUAACAUAGCUGGCUAUAUCGUAACCUCUCGCUUUUAACUUAGAUUUGUGAAACAACACGUUUUUUUCCCCCGUUUUUUUUUUUUCAAAGUUUACGGACAUGUUUGAGAAGAUCGCUCGUAGUUAUUAACUUGUUACCGGUGUUUACGGUGUCUACCACCACCCCGGUGUACCCGUUACCCCUCCAGCCCCUGGGCCCUGUCUCUCUCUUCUGCCUCUCAGAUAACCUCGAUCUGGGAAAGAUGGUGUCGUGGAUGAUCUCCAGAAGCGUUGUGCUCGUCUUCGGGACCCUAUAUCCUGCAUACUAUUCCUACAAAGCAGUGAAAACCAAAAAUGUCAAGGAAUAUGUCCGUUGGAUGAUGUACUGGAUUGUGUUUGCUCUCUACACCGUAGUGGAGACCAUCACAGACCUCACUGUAGCCUGGUUCCCCCUGUACUAUGAGAUUAAGAUAGCAUUUGUUAUCUGGUUGCUGUCUCCCUACACCAGAGGAGCUAGUCUCAUCUACCGGAAGUGUCUCCAUCCUCUACUGUCCUCAAGAGAGAGGGAGAUAGAUGAGUACAUUGUCCAGGCCAAGGAGCGUAGCUACGAGACCAUGGUGACCUUCGGCAAGCAGGGCCUAAGUAUAGCUGCUACUGCAGCUGUCUCCGCAGCUGUCAAGGGCCAGGGGGCGAUCACAGAGAAGCUGAGGAGCUUCAGUAUGCACGACCUGACUCAGAUACCCCUCGACGACGCAGCAGCCAAUCAGAUCUAUACGGCCCAUGCCGGCAACCCUGCCGUGAGCAGGAGGGCGCUCGCCGCAAACUCGACAGACAGAACAGAGUACUAUGCCUAUGAUCAGGAGGACAGGACAGACGAGGAGGGGGAACAACUUUUCUCAGAGGACGAGGCUGUCACCCAGAGAGGUCUGAGGAGGUCCCAGAGUGUCAAGAUCGUGCGCUCUAAAGCCCGCAAAGAUGCCCGUUAUGGAUCUCUGAAGAUCAAAGGAAAGCGGAGGCCGGUUCUGACUGCUGCUACCUACAGUGCCAUGUAAUGACCAGUCCAGGAGACGUGACUGCUGGCUGGUGCCAUGGAUGGGUUUCAUUCUGUAGUGCUCUACUGUUGACCAGAGCACGGUGGGUCCUGGCUAAAAGUAGUGCAUUAUGGGCCCUGGCCAACAGUAGUGCACUAGAAUGGGAAUAGGCUUUUUGGGACGGACCAGGAAAUCAGUCAACAAUUCAGGAAGGACUACUGACGGCUCCAACAUCCAUAUCAGUGACUACUGACGGCUCCAACAUCCAUAUCAGUGACUACUGACGGCUCCAACAUCCAUAUCAGUGACUACUGAUGGCUCCAACAUCCAUAUCAGUGACUACUGACGGCUCCAACAUCCAUAUCAGUGACUACUGACGGCUCCAACAUCCAUAUCAGUGACUACUGACGGCUCCAACAUCCAUAUCAGUGACUACUGACGGCUCCAACAUCCAUAUCAGUGACUACUGACGGCUCCAACAUCCAUAUCACUGACUACUGACAUGUCAGACCAUCCAUUCUAUGGAGAACGAUGCUGUGGAACUGUUCUGCUGGUGUUUUUUAAACUGUCCUGGGGUCUAAUUCUAUUCACGCUGGGAGCAUCUGUCUUUUUUUAAACGAACCAACAACUCACUAUAUUUAUGACAUUAUUCUGACUGUGUAUUUAAACCAUCGUACAGCGGUAGCUGUACAGAAAGAAUCUUAAGGUUUCCUGUCUUUUAGUUAUGUGUUUUUGUUGCAUGGAUCUUAUAUUCUGGGUCAUUUUAAUGUGAGGAUGUGGACUUUUUAGGAUCUUGGCUUUUUUUUUGGAGGGGUUAUAUAAUUAAUUUAGCUUCAUUUUGUCAUAUAUGCUGCCUUGUAUUUUGAGUUUAGCCUAUUAAAUAGUAGAAUACAUUAUAAUAGUGACCAUUCUGGCACACUUAAAAAGAUUGUUACAAAGUAACAGCUGACCAAAAAGUGUCCCUUAUUCCUUCCGGAGGAAUAAACCAAUGAUGAGAGAAAGGGAA